UUUCUCUUUCUCUGUCUCUCCAACUUCAACAAUUUUGUAAAAAAUGCGAACCAGGAACGAGUCCAAGCGGCAGAAACAAUCUUCUGGUAGGGACAAUGCUAAAAAAGCUCUACCGGAAUCAGAAAACAGAAGCCGUUUAGAUUCGCAUGAUGACAGUGGAGCACUUGCUGACAUAUCAAGGGAGGCUGUUGGCAGACUUCUUAGACGUGCCAAGAAGCGUGACUCUUCCGGGAAAGAGAAAUAUCAUAACAACCUGAGCCAGCAUGAUUCAAUUGGCAUGACAGAGGGUGGGUCAAAAAGAGAUGAUAAAUUAGAUGUGGAUUCAGGGGCCCAGUGGAAUAUUUCAGAGGCUGAAGGUUCUAGUAAGGAUCCAACGGGAAAGACUGCCCAAGAAAAGAAAGUUGAUGAGGGAAAUUUACAGCAAUUCCUCUCAGAAAAUCAGGAAGAAUUGAAUGACUCGGACUGGGAAGAUGGUUCAAUACCCAUUUCAGAUUCCACAUACAAUCUUCCAGUUACAAUUGAAUUUAGUGAGACACCAAAUUCUGGUAUGAGGAAACCUGUUCGUCGAGUUUCUGCUGAGGAUAAGGAAUUGGCAGAGCUUGUGCAUAAGGUUCAUUUGCUUUGUAUGCUUGCACGUGGCAGAUUAGUUGACAGAGCUUGUGAUGAUCCUCUUAUUCAGGCUUCUUUACUGUCUCUUCUACCUCCACACUUGCUGAACAUAGCGAAGGUCACAGAACUUACUGCAGAUGCUUUGCGUCCCCUUGUUCUUUGGUUUCAAAAUAGCUUCCGUGUUAAAAGCUCAACCAAUGCAGAGAGGUCAUUUCCUUUGGCUUUGGCCUUUGCUCUUGAAACUCAUGAAGGGACUCCAGAGGAGAUUGUUGCAUUGUCUGUGGCACUAUUUAGAGCUUUGAAUCUUACAACCCGGUUUGUGUCCAUUUUGGACGUUUCCUCCUUAAAACCAGAAGCUGAUAGGUCUGAAUCUUUAAUUCAAGAUGCAAGCAGAUCGAGUAAGGGGAUAUUUAAAAAUUCAACGCUAAUGGUGGCUAAACCAAAGCAUGCUUUGGUCUCUCCUGUUAAAUCAUUUUCAUGCAAUGAGAGUGGCAAUAUCUGUGAAACUUCUCAGAGGGGUUCAUGCAAAAGUAUGGAUAACAUUGCUCAGUCCAAAGAUUCACCUGUUGCUGGUGAGCUGGAUGCCAUAAUGUCAGAUUCAUUACAUUGUGAGGCAAGAAAUGAUAUCUCUGACGCAGGCCUUACCAAGAAAUCUCAGGGAUUGAAUAGGAAAGGGGAUCUUGAGUUUGAGAUGCAGUUGGAAAUGGCUCUAACUGCAACAGCAGUUGUCACUCAGGAGAACAAAAUAGAAUCAGAUGUGAAAGACUUGAACUCAUCAAAUUUCUCUUCUCCAUUGAAAAGAAUGAAAAGAAUUGUAAGUGAAGAAUCUCCUACUUCUUCCCAGGGGAUCUCUACUGCAGUUGGCUCAAGAAAAGUAGGAUCUCCUUUGUAUUGGGCAGAAGUAUACUGCAAUGGUGACAACUUGACUGGAAAGUGGGUGCAUGUUGAUGUUGUCAAUGCAGUUAUUGAUGGGGAGCUGAAGGUUGAAGCUAUGGCUGCUGCAUGCAAAACAUCUUUGAGAUAUGUAGUUGCUUUUGCUGGGCAAGGGGCCAAAGACGUGACACGCAGGUAUUGUAUGAAGUGGUACAAGAUAGGAUCACAUCGAGUUAAUUCAAUUUGGUGGGAUGCAGUGUUGGCGCCACUGAGAGAGUUAGAGGCAGGAGCCACUGCAGGCAUGGCCCAUACAGAAAAGCAACACAUUGAGGCCUUGACUGAACAUGAGAAAGUUAUAGCAUCCAGAAAGUUGGAUAAUCCAACUAGGGAUGAUAUUCCAGGAGGUGCUAACUUGCAUGGGAAGUUAGGCCUAGAAAUCUCAAAAAAGAGUGGCAAAUCUUCUCUGAGCAAUUCUUUUGUUGCUAGCAGGAGCUCUCUUGAGGACAUGGAGUUGGAAACUAGGGCAUUAACUGAGCCUCUUCCAACUAACCAGCAGGCCUAUAAAAACCAUCAACUUUAUGCUAUUGAAAGGUGGCUUACCAAGUAUCAGAUACUUCAUCCAAAGGGUCCAGUUCUCGGCUUUUGUUCUGGUCAUCCAGUUUAUCCACGGAGUUGUGUACACACAAUCAAGACAAAAGAAAGAUGGCUACGGGAAGGGCUGCAAAUUAAAGCAAAUGAGCUUCCUGUGAAGGAGUUGAAACGUUCUGCAAAGCUUCAAAAAGUACAAGUUCCUGAAGAUGAUGAAUGUGGUGGGGGUAAUUAUGAAGGAACUGUUAAACUUUAUGGGAAGUGGCAACUGGAACCAUUGAAUCUGCCUCAUGCUGUAAAUGGAAUUGUUCCAAAGAAUGAACGUGGUCAAGUGGAAGUUUGGUCUGAGAAGUGCCUCCCACCUGGUACUGUGCACUUGAGGUUACCGAGGGUGUUUUAUGUUGCCAAGAGAUUGGAGAUUGAUUAUGCGCCUGCCAUGGUUGGUUUUGAAUUCCGAAAUGGACACUCGCAUCCUGUCUUUGAUGGUAUUGUGGUGUGUGCUGAGUUCAAGGAUGCAAUUUUAGAGGCAUACUCAGAAGAAGAAGAAAGAAGAGAGGCCGAAGAGAAGAAACGAAGUGAAGCACAAGCUAUUUCUAGGUGGUAUCAGCUUCUUUGUUCCAUCAUAACUCGGCAAAGGUUGAACAACCGUUAUGGUGACAGCUUGUCAUCACAAACAUCCACUGGGACUAACACUCAACAUAUUAAUAACAAAUUAAAUGCACCAGUUGGUGGAGGUGAUGAAGGCAAGCAGUCUCAUGUAUGCCAGACAGAAGACAUAAAUCAUGCCAAGUUGGAUGCUCAAGCUAGCCUGCCAGAAGACCAUGAGCAUGUAUUCUUGACAGAGGACCAGACUUUUGAUGAGGAGAGUUUGGUGCUGACAAAGCGAUGUCAUUGUGGAUUUUCAGUCCAAGUGGAGGAAUUGUAGCACUAUAGAUGUGACACUGUUCUACAUUAACUUAAUGCUUGAAGAUGUACAAGUAGAUUCCUUACUGAAGUCAAUCUCAUAAAGCAUUGCCAUUUUGUUAUGCGUCUAAUUUCUGUCAGUUGUGCAGUGAGCCAGGCAUUGAUAUCUUUACACUUCCAUGUAAUGAUGUAAAUAUCUAGGGACAUGAGAGAAAGUCUUGGUUUUCCCCUUUCUUUGAGCACAAAUGAGAACAUAAACUUACAGGAUCCUUUUUUUACAAAUUUCUCCUUUUUGGGUAGUGAUGACUUAAACAUGCA